UAUCUAUUGUAGUUUUCACUGAACCGCUUGUACGAACCGAACUCGAGCUAUAUGUUGUACACCGUCAAAUACGAGCACAAACAUACAUAAAUAUACGCAAUCUAACUUCUUCCGAAGUGUUGCUGCAACACUAUUUGUACAGUGCACUUCGUUAGCCGACAUUUGCCUGACAUUUAGCAACAUACUUUUUACAUAUAGCCACAUCAAAAACAAACCGAUAGCACUAUGGCUUCCACACAAACGGUGAAGAUGCCGAAUGGCGAUACCGUUCAUCUGAAGAAAUCGUACACAAUAGAAGAUACACACGAGUAUAUCUAUACAGGCGGAGCCAUACACUUUACACCAGACGAACAGUAUAUGUUGACUGCAUGCGAAGACAACGUGAAAGUAUCUGAUCUCAACACGGGCAAGAUAAGUAACAUAUUCGAUGGGGAUGGUGAGGUUAUCACCUGUAUGUCACUUGUGCCUAACACACACACCUGCGUUGUUGCUAGCAGGAGUGGGCAACUGCACCACUACGACUAUGUAGACAACGCGGUGUUACGUACGUUCAAGUCAUUAGACGGCCCUGUGGCGAGUCUGUGCUGGGACCCCUCAGGCACACUGUUAGCAACCGGUGCGAGUAAUGGGAAUGUAAAGGUAUGGGACUUUGCACACACAGCUGUCACACACUCCUUUAAAGGCUCGCAAGGGAUUGUGUUUAGUAUGGCAUUCCACCCUGAUCCUAAACGUAUGCUGCUUGCUACAAGCGCCUCAGCCGAUUGCGAUGUGAAGGUUUGGGAUUUGUAUAAGAAGAAGCUGGUGCACAAUAUGAAGGGCCAUGUGUCGCCUGUACAAGGUUUAGUGUUCAGUGACGAUGGUAAGUUCAUAGUGAGUGGCGGUAGAGAUAAGGUCAUGAACACGUGGAGGCUUUCCGAUCAUUCAUUCAAGCUACACGCAUCUAAACCCCUGCAUGAGAGUAUCGAGGGCCUCAAACUAGUACCAACGGUUAACGGAGACACACGCGUUAAGGUGGUGACUGUAAGUGACGUGGGGAAGUGUAGUGUAUGGGAUGCUGUGAGCGGAGAGAUGCUUCAAUUCUCGCAAGUACACGACGCACUGUCAGAGGUGUCUCUACUGCCUCAGUCACAUCGCAUUGUGGUGGUAAACGGUAAUAUGGACAUCCUGUUCUUGGAUCAAGAAACACUUACCAUACAGAGACGUAUCAUCGGAUAUAACGACGAGAUUAUUGACGCCAAGCAUAUUGACGACGACCAUGUGCUUGUAGUUGCUAAUAGUGAAGCGGCAAGGGUCGUGCAGUUAAGUACACACGAUUGUGCGAUGCUAGAGGGCCACACAGCUAAUGUGUUGUGUGCGGACAUCAGCCCAUGUGGCAACUAUGUGGUGACAUCAAGCAAAGACAAUACUGUACGCGUAUGGCGCAAACAUCAGAGUGAGACUGAAAUGAGGUAAGA